CCAAACAAUCACCAGAUUCAUUCAGGAACAGGAAAGCCGACCUGAAGAUCCCGCCUUCAGCUUUCCAGUUGCCAGCUCCACCGCCACUGCCAUUCGAGAGCACUUGGAAGCAAUCAAGCUACCUACGGCUCGAUCCGACCCGACCGACGACCGCCCGUCCGCCUGCCAAGUCGAGUAACCAGCCUGUGACGGGAACAAGAAGAAAAAUGGCGGCAACAACAAAGCAGUCGUCCCUCGCCGCCUUGGCUUCCCUCUCCCUCCUUCUCUUCUCCCCGGUUUCUGCCUCGGCCCAGCAAGAAACCCCCGCGCAGAUCGCCGACGCCGCCAAGCGCUGCUCCGGAGGGCCCGCCGCCCACCCCCAUCAUCAGCUGGGCUCUCGCUCCGAGAAGGGUGCCUUCUACAACCACCGCCUGCGCAUUCCCGUCGUUCCCGCCAAGCCAGCGUCCAUCGCCGUCGCCCGCGCCGCCGUCACUGAUGCGCCCGUCGUCGAGCCCGAUGUCGCCCUCAUGAAGACCAAGAUCACCGCCCCAGCCAUCCUGCCCCGCGCCGAUGAGACGACCGAAACCCGUGCCGUCGCCGGCACCAAGCGGUCCUCGUCACCCGUGAUCUGCCUGACCACGUCCGAGAGUUCGAUCCAGUCGUGCCCGACCCAAUCCACCGGCACCGCCUCGGGCAAGUUGCUGUCUUGCUUUGAGACCUCGGUGCCCGUCGAAGUGUGCGUCGAGGGCCUGAUCUGCCAAACCGCUUCGAGCGGCCAGAUCAGCUGCAUGUACAAGCAGUCCGGUCUCGAAACGGCCGGCAUCGUCAUGGCCAUCUACUUCGCCGCCACCAUCGGUUUGGCUGUCUGCGGCCUGUGCUUCUUCUGCUGCCGCGAGCGCCGCACUAUGAAGAAGCUCGAGCGCGCGGCCGAGGCGGCCAAGAUUGCGAAGGAGGCCAAGUCUAGCGCCAUGGCUGCUAAGAAGCGCACUGCUACCGCCCCCGCCCUCGACCAGCACCAGCAGGAGCAGGAGCACAUGUUGGAGCAGCCACUGAUGGGCGGUAACGCGGGCUACAUGGGUGGUGGUGGAUAUCAGGGUGUCCCCCUGAACAACGAGUAUGAUGAUGUCCCGGCCCCGCCGCCGCAUAUGGCUGGUACGGGAUAUGGUGGUGCGGCGGGAGUUAGGGGUGGGUCGGGUAGCGGAAGCCCGACGGGCGGAGCGCCCAACCCGUUCUCGGAUCAUAAUGAGGGACACCCUGCCUUGAGGUGAUCAGUCCAUCUGGAGGUUGUGAGAGUUUCAGUGUUGGGGUUGUUGGAUGAAAGCAAAUGUUUUGGUCAUCUACUGUUGGGGCAAUCAGACUGCUGUGAUUGGUCUACUGUUGGAGUCGGUGUUGGAAUGGACGAAGAGGGGGUGGUUGAUUGGAAGACAAAGGUGCUUUUUUGCAAAGUCUCGCUGUUGGCGGGGACUGGGUACAGGUAGUGAAUGUGUUGCAUUGUCUGGUGUAGGUAGUAAUGGAUAAAGAACGAAUGGACGGGACAAGGGGGUUGUGACGUUAUUACAGGUCCGGCGGACUUUCGAUUUUCCAUCUCAAGGAAGCGCCGCCACUGAGCGGAAGCAUGGGCUGCUGUCUCGUGGAAAAUAUCAUUCGUCGCUUUAGCAUGCUUAACCCUUC